AUGGAUGAAGAAACUCGACUCAAACAUCUCACCAAAGGACUCAACUCAGCAGCUCAAUUACACAUGGAUUUGAAGAAACGUGGUACUACUGAAGAGUUUUUUGAAGCUCUUAUCAAGUACGAGAAAUGGCAAGAAGAAGAAAAAUCCCAACGGAAAAUUAUGACAUCGUCUGAUCAGCAUAGAAAUAUAUCAAAAAGAACAAUGCAACAUUCUGUAAUGCAACGAGAACAAUAUUCUACAAAUCCAAGACAACAACACAACUAUUCAUCACAACAAUAUCAAUCCCAUUAUCCAACACCUGGUCCAACUCAGAUGCAAUACAACCGCAACAAAAACUACAGUGGAUUGCGUGAUGGUCGCAUUUCCUUUUCAAAAUCACAACCAUCACUUAUAACAAUUAGUACACUUGUCAAUGGUAAACCAAUUCACGCCUUGCUUGAUACAGGAGCAACUACAUCACUCAUCUCACAAUCUGAACUGAAUCAUAUUCCACACAUAACAAUUCAGCCGAUUCAAACAACGGCAACACUCGGUGAUGGACAAACCAAAAUAAUGGUUAAUAGUGUAGUCAAAUCAAAUGUCACCAUCAAUCAUAUUACCACCAUCAUUACAGCUCUUGUGGCCGAGUCAUUAGGUGCUAAUUUAAUUCUCGGCAUGGACUGA